AUGGGGUCGUCGUCGAAGGUGGUGCGGCCGGAGGAGGUGCUGGAGUCGCUGAAGAACGACGGCACCGUCGACGCGCUCCGCAUGAAGAUCAUGGCCCAGCUCAAGGCCGACGAGGACAUGAAGAAAAAUACUAUGAUGAUGGUGGAACAAAGCAAAGUUCUGAAGACUCCUGGAGCUGAGAAAAAGACCAAGAGGGAGCUGUUUGAUGCUCUUAGACAAGAAUUGGAAACUCCGGUUCUUGAGAAAGUCUCAAAGGCAGUUUGGGAGCUGAUACUCGACAAUGGUGGACUAGGGAAAGAGAUCACCGAGACAGUUGAGAAAGUCUUCUGCCGGCUCAGCGGAAUUGAUGUGAUGCCACCUCCAGCUUCAACAUCCGGUGCUCCUCAAGAGAAACAGACAAACAUGGCUGUAGAGGAGGAUCAGAAGGAUAUGGAAAUGGAUGCCUCUGAACCAUCGUCUUCCUCAAGGAAGAGGCCUUUCAGUGACAUCAGUGUGAAAGGAGCAGGUGCUAUACCAAACGGUGGCGCUACAUACCAGCAUGACGAUCAUGAGGACGGGAACUAG